AUGCUUGAUAUCACUCCCAAUAUCCUGUACAAUCAGCUUAAGGGUAUGAUUUUGUUGUACCUAUCAAGAUAUUUGUUUGCGCCAAAUAAAUUACCCUAUGUGCCUGCCAAACAUCCUGAAGUUCUCAUUUUCAAAAAUUAUACACCACUCGAAUUGGUGCCUUUUAAUGGAGAAAACGGUGCACGUAUUUUAAUGGGAGUUAAUGGAUCUGUAUAUGAUGUUACUCAAGGACGCAACUUUUAUGGACCAGGAGGACCUUAUGAAAAUUUUGCUGGACACGACGCAUCACGCGGUUUAGCUAAAAACUCAUUCGAUGAAGAAAUGAUGGCUGACCCUCACGGACCUAUUGACAAACUUGAAGACUUGACAGCGGAUGAGUGGGAGAGCUUAAGGGAAUGGGAAAAACUCUUUGCAGGCAAAUAUCUGCUUGUUGGUAAGCUCGUUGAAAACAAAAGUUCGUAG